AGAGAAGAUGAGUGUCAAACCAAGCUUCAGAGAGAAGAUAUUUCACAUUACAGUGAAGGAGAAUUCUGAACAAGAUGAAUGAAAAAGUCUUCCUCCUGCUUCUGGGCUGUGUGACGGGGCUGGUGACCAGUCUACCUCUAUCUGCACAAAUACAGUACAAUCUACUUGAAGUGAACAAAGAUGUGCAGUGUGGAGGAUCCUUCUUUGACUCUCAAGGCAGCUUCACAUCUCCGGGAUACCCAGGGAACUACAGUCCAAACAUGAAUUGUAACUUCACCAUCACAGCUCCUGUUGGAAAUAAGAUUGCUCUGACCAUAAGUGACUUCCAUUUAGAGUCUUCCAGUUUCUGUAUGUACGACUAUCUAACACUCUUCAUGGAUGGUACAAAAAGGGGUCCAUUCUGUGGGGAUCGCACCAUCCCUGUGCUUUAUUCCAAAGGCAACUCUAUGGUUCUCGUAUUCCACAGUGACCAGUCUACCCAGGCAAAGGGCUUCCAAGUCUCUUACACCUUCUCCCCAAAGAGUGAAGACUCCGAAGUGCCACAAGGGAUCUUCAGCAAGAUUUUGAAAGCUAAUAAAGAUAGCAAAACACCCAUGUAUGGAGGCGAUGUGCUGGUACAGAAUGAGCGCAGUGCCAUGAACUGUCCUUCUUGCCUUUGGCCUAAAAGUGAUAGUGGUAGUGUUCUUGUUCCCUAUACCAUAGAUUCCAGCUACAGUGCCAGUGACCUGAACAGUAUUGUGCUCGCCAUGGCCGAGUUUGAAACAUUGACUUGUGUGAGGUUUGUGCCUCUUACAACAGAAGAUGAUUACAUCAACAUCACUCCUGGUGAUGGCUGUUACUCAUAUCUUGGAAGAACUGGUGGAAGCCAGACAGUUUCAUUGGGUGGAGGCUGCAUCUACAGGGGGAUUAUACAACAUGAACUAGAACAUGCCCUGGGCUUCUACCAUGAGCAUGUAAGAAGUGAUCGUGACAAUUAUGUUGACAUCAAUUUCCAGUAUAUCCCUAAAGGAAAAUUGGGUAAUUUUGCUAAAGCGGACACCAAUAACCUGGGCAGUCCAUAUGAUUACGGUUCAGUGAUGCAUUAUGAUGCCUAUGCAUUCACCAACACUUCAAACAAACCCACAAUCGUCCCCAAGCCUGACCCCAAUGUGCCUAUUGGGCAGACAAUUGGACUGAGCGUCUUGGAUGUCACUAAAAUUAACCGACUUUAUCAAUGCAGUGUCUGUGCGACUUUGCUUAAUAAUAAGACAGGAAUUUUCACUUCUGACAACUAUCCCUCUGCUUAUCCUAAUAAUGGUGACUGCGUUUGGUUGAUCAGAGUUCCAUCAGGGAAGGCUUCAUUGAAAUUCAGUACCUUUAAUAUCCAAUCCACUCCUAACUGUGACUCAGACUACAUGAGGAUCUAUGACGGUCCCUCUAAGAACUCUCCUGUGUUGUUGGAUAAAAUAUGCGGAAGUCAAACCAUCCCUCCAAUCAUCGCUUCCACAAGCCAGAUGCUGGUCCAGUUUGUCAGUGACGGGGCUGUUUCUGGGGUCGGCUUCCAAGCUUCAUAUAGCUCAGUGAAGUGUGGAGGAACCUUCUUUAACUCUCAAGGCAGCUUCACAUCUCCGGGAUACCCAGGGAACUACAGUCCAAACAUGGAUUGUAACUUCACCAUCACAGCUCCUGUUGGAAAUAAGAUUGCUCUAACCAUAAGUGACUUCCAUUUAGAGCCUUCCAUUAUGUGUAUGUACGACUAUCUAACACUCUUCAUGGAUGGUACACAAAUGGGUCCAUUCUGUGGGGAUCGCACCAUCCCUGUGUAUUACUCCAAAGGCAACUCUAUGGUUCUCGUAUUCCACAGUGACAAGUCUACCCAGGCAAAGGGCUUCCAAGUCUCUUACACCUUCUCCCCAAAGAGUGAAGACUCCGAAGUGCCACAAGGGAUCUUCAGCAAGAUUUUGAAAGCUAAUAAAGAUAGCAAAACACCCAUGUAUGGAGGCGAUGUGCUGGUACAGAAUGAGCGCAGUGCCAUGAACUGUCCUUCUUGCCUUUGGCCUAAAAGCGAUAGUGGUAGUGUUCUUGUUCCCUACACCAUAGAUUCCCGCUACAGUGCCAGUGACCUGAACAGUAUUGUGCUCGCCAUGGCCGAGUUUGAAACAUUGACUUGUGUGAGGUUUGUGCCUCUUACAACAGAAGAUGAUUACAUCAACAUCACUCCUGGUGAUGGCUGUUACUCAUAUCUUGGAAGAACUGGUGGAAGCCAGACAGUUUCAUUGGGUGGAGGCUGCAUCUACAGGGGGAUUAUACAACAUGAACUAGAACAUGCCAUGGGCUUCUACCAUGAGCAUGUAAGAAGUGAUCGUGACAAUUAUGUUGACAUCAAUUUCCAGUAUAUCCCUAAAGGAAAAUUGGGUAAUUUUGCUAAAGCGGACACCAAUAACCUGGGCAGUCCAUAUGAUUACGGUUCAGUGAUGCAUUAUGAUGCCUAUGCAUUUACCAACACUUCAAACAAACCCACAAUCGUCCCCAAGCCUGACCCCAAUGUGCCUAUUGGGCAGACAAUUGGACUGAGCGUCUUGGAUGUCACUAAAAUUAACCGACUUUAUCAAUGCAGUGUCUGUGCGACUUUGCUUAAUAAUAAGACAGGAAUUUUCACUUCUGACAACUAUCCCUCUGCUUAUCCUAAUAAUGGUGACUGCGUUUGGUUGAUCAGAGUUCCAUCAGGGAAGGCUUCAUUGAAAUUCAGUACCUUUAAUAUCCAAUCCACUCCUAACUGUGACUCAGACUACAUGAGGAUCUAUGACGGUCCCUCUAAGAACUCUCCUGUGUUGUUGGAUAAAAUAUGCGGAAGUCAAACCAUCCCUCCAAUCAUCGCUUCCACAAGCCAGAUGCUGGUCCAGUUUGUCAGUGACGGGGCUGUUGCUGGGGUCGGCUUCCAAGCUUCAUAUAGCUCAGUGAAGUGUGGAGGAUCCUUCUUUAACUCUCAAGGCAGCUUCACAUCUCCGGGAUACCCAGGGAACUACAGUCCAAACAUGGAUUGUAACUUCACCAUCACAGCUCCUGUUGGAAAUAAGAUUGCUCUGACCAUAAGUGACUUCCAUUUAGAGUCUGCCAUUAUGUGUAUGUACGACUAUCUAACACUCUUCAUGGAUGGUACACAAAUGGGUCCAUUCUGUGGGGAUCGCACCAUCCCUGUGUAUUACUCCAAAGGCAACUCUAUGGUUCUUGUAUUCCACAGUGACAAGUCUACCCAGGCAAAGGGCUUCCAAGUCUCUUACACCUUCUCCCCAAAGAGUGAAGACUCCGAAGUGCCACAAGGGAUCUUCAGCAAGAUUUUGAAAGCUAAUAAAGAUAGCAAAACACCCAUGUAUGGAGGCGAUGUGCUGGUACAGAAUGAGCGCAGUGCCAUGAACUGUCCUUCUUGCCUUUGGCCUAAAAGUGAUAGUGGUAGUGUUCUUGUUCCCUACACCAUAGAUUCCAGCUACAGUGCCAGUGACCUGAACAGUAUUGUGCUCGCCAUGGCCGAGUUUGAAACAUUGACUUGUGUGAGGUUUGUGCCUCUUACAACAGAAGAUGAUUACAUCAACAUCACUCCUGGUGAUGGCUGUUACUCAUAUCUUGGAAGAACUGGUGGAAGCCAGACAGUUUCAUUGGGUGGAGGCUGCAUCUACAGGGGUAUUAUACAACAUGAACUAGAACAUGCCCUGGGCUUCUACCAUGAGCAUGUAAGAAGUGACCGUGACAAUUAUGUUGACAUCAAUUUCCAGUAUAUCCCUAAAGGAAAAUUGGGUAAUUUUGCUAAAGCGGACACCAAUAACCUGGGCAGUCCAUAUGAUUACGGUUCAGUGAUGCAUUAUGAUGCCUAUGCAUUCACCAACACUUCAAACAAACCCACAAUCGUCCCCAAGCCUGACCCCAAUGUGCCUAUUGGGCAGACAAUUGGACUGAGCCUCUUGGAUGUCACUAAAAUUAACCGACUUUAUCAAUGCAGUGUCUGUGCGACUUUGCUUAAUAAUAAGACAGGAAUUUUGACUUCUGACAACUAUCCCUCUGCUUAUCCUAAUAAUGGUGACUGCGUUUGGUUGAUCAGAGUUCCAUCAGGGAAGGCUUCAGUGAAAUUCAGUACCUUUAAUAUCCAAUCCACUCCUAACUGUGACUCAGACUACAUGAGGAUCUAUGACGGUCCCUCUAAGAACUCUCCUGUGUUGUUGGAUAAAAUAUGCGGAAGUCAAACCAUCCCUCCAAUCAUCGCUUCCACAAGCCAGAUGCUGGUCCAGUUUGUCAGUGACGGUGCUGUUUCUGGGGUCGGCUUCCAAGCUUCAUAUAGCUCAGUGAAGUGUGGAGGAACCUUCUUUAACUCUCAAGGCAGCUUCACAUCUCCGGGAUACCCAGGGAACUACAGUCCAAACAUGGAUUGUAACUUCACCAUCACAGCUCCUGUUGGAAAUAAGAUUGCUCUGACCAUAAGUGACUUCCAUUUAGAGUCUGCCAUUAUGUGUAUGUACGACUAUCUAACACUCUUCAUGGAUGGUACACAAAUGGGUCCAUUCUGUGGGGAUCGCACCAUCCCUGUGUAUUACUCCAAAGGCAACUCUAUGGUUCUCGUAUUCCACAGUGACAAGUCUACCCAGGCAAAGGGCUUCCAAGUCUCUUACACCUUCUUUCAAUAAAUGAGCAACUGAUGUCACAAAGAGAAAAUCUACCGGUUCUGGAAGGAAGGCGACAUCACUACAGGACACAAUGGGAAUUUGAUGGAACACGUAUAGAAAAGUUCACACAUUUGUAAACAUAUAUAUAAUGAUUAAAUGUACAUCGGAUCAUGCUAUUGUUUGCAAUUACAUUUAAAAAUACAAAAUAAUAUUUCUGAAUUGUUUUCCCAUUUGAUUGGUAUUUUGAUUGGCUUGGUUAAGAAUAGGGGAGCUAAUUUUGGCGUCCUUUGGUUUCAUGGUGGUUUACAUGUAUCCUAUAGUGAUAAUUAUUAUUUCUUUAUCUUUCCCUUUCCCUACUUAUUAUUUUGAGGGCGCGAUUGGAAUAUAUAUGACAGUCUGAUCUGAUGUUUUCCUUUCCUUUUUCAAAAUAAACUAUAUUAAAGAAUGAA